AUGGUUCUCGGCAUGGACUCGUGGUAUGUCCUGACGGUGCGCAACGUCCCCAAGCGCCUCGGCCUCUCGGCGAAUGCCAAGGUAAUGCUGCAAGCCCUAGAAGACUAUAAGUGCACCUCCAUCGAUGAGGCCGAGAUCGGCCGCAUGCUGCGCCUGAGCCCUGGCAGACGCCAAUCGAUGAUUGAUACUAUUCGGAAGUGCACGACUAUGAUGGCGAAGAAGCAGGAGGAGGUUGAAAUCUGCGUUCUGGUCAUUCAGAUGUGCACCGAGAUUUUGGAGAUCGCCAAUCGGCCUCCUCCCAACAACCACUUCCCCUUCAUGAAGUUGCCCCGAGAGCUUCGAGCCCGUGUGUUGGGCAUGAUCAUCGACUCCGAGCCCAAGAGCUGCCGCAUGCCCCCGAUCAAGCGGUCUCAGCAGGUGUACCCGUGCAACUGUGCCAACCCUGAGAGAGCCCAUGUGGGAUUCCUGACGGGCAAGCAGUGGGCGAUCUACAAGAUACUCGGCAGAGCGCUGCGUGACGAGUUUUAUCCCAUUUACUACGAGCGGCAGGCCCAAUACUUCGCCUGUUGCUGCGACCUCCUCAGCCAGCUUCACACCAACCGGUGUCUUCGCGACUAUCUGCGUAAGGCCGAGGUCCAUUGGUGCGGUCCUAGGUCUGACGAAGCGUUCAAGGAGUUGGCCAAGUGCCCCAACCUCACGGAGCUGACCAUUAAACUCUCCAAGGGCACCACCGCCAUCCUCAACAAGCGCGAGGAGAAGCUCCAAGCUAGCUUCCCCCUCGACUACAAGCACAAGAGGGUCACAGACAGCCUCGGCGCUGACGAGCUCUUCACCAUCCGGGGCGUCAAGGAGGUGGAUGUCCAGCAUAUUCACUCGGCUCUGAAGCUUCAGUUGACCGACUUCGACCGUCAGGGUCUACACUCAGCUUUGGAGGCCACUGUCUUACUGCCCAAGCCCGUCGUCCACACUGGCUGGCGACCGCUCACUUCUCGCUGA